GCGAGUAGCGCAAAAUUUCCCUCCCAAUUGGCGUUUAGUCAGCGAGAAAAUCCAAAAGAAAAGCUUCGAAGAAAAUGACAGAGGGACAAGAAGAGAGCGAGAAAAUGACGAAGCAGAAGCGUAACCAGAACGUUCUUGUUCUCACUGGUGGUGCUGCGUUGUUAGCCGUCGCCGUUAACAUCGCAAUCUCCGCCUUCAACUCCCACAGGCAAAGAGCCAAGAAGAAAGAUCUACUGGGCUCUGACAUUCGUGUUAAUCUAUCUGCGACUGAGAUUCUCAAACUAGCUGACCACAUAAUUGCCGAGUCAAAGAAGGUUCACGAUGCUAUUGCUUCUAUUCCUCUCGAGAUGGUUAAUUAUAUGAAUGUGAUUGCACCCCUAGCUGAGCUGGAGGUGCGGCAAUUUUCACUGAUACAAUCUUGUGCAUUCCCCAAGUUGGUGUCCACUUCCGAGGUGGUCCGGAAAGCAAGUGCUGAAGCAGAGCGAAGAAUUGAUGCACAUGUCUUGAAGUGCAGUAAACGUGAAGAUGUAUACCGUGUCGUCAAAGCUUUUGCCGCGCGAAGUGAAUGGAAGAAUCCUGAGGCUAAGCUCUAUAUUCAGUGCCUGGUGAGAGACUUUGAACGCAAUGGGUUGAAUCUUGCUGUUACCAAGAGAGAGGAAGUGCAACGCUUGAGAGCUCGAAUUGAUGAAAGAAGCUUAAAAUACGUCCAAAAUUUGAGCAAUGAUGAUACUUUUCUCCUUUUAAGUGAAGCUGAGCUAGUUGGAUUACCACCUGAAUUUCUUGAGAAGUUGGGCAAAGCUGAAGAUGGUAAGUUCAAGGUCACACUGAAAAGCCCUCAUGUUGCAGCAGUGUUGGAGCUCUGCUCGGUCGGAAAGACGAGAAGGGCAGUAGCAAUGGCAUAUGGAAAGAGGUGUGGAGAAGUCAAUCUUUCUAUCUUAGAGGAUUUGGUUCAGUUGCGUCAUAAAUAUGCUCGCUUACUUGGCUAUUCAAAUUAUGCUGAUUAUGCUGUUGGCCUUAGAAUGGCUAGGACAUCCACAAAGGUAUUUGAGUUUUUGGAGGAUAUCUCGGCCAGUUUAACUGAUGCAGCCAGUCGGGAACUUAUCAUGUUGAAGGACUUAAAGAGGAAAGUGGAAGGAGAACUUCCAUUUGGAAUUGAAGAUAUUUUAUUCUACUCAAAGAGGGUUGAAGAGCAGCAGUUUGACAUAGAUUUUGGAGUUGUUAAGCAGUAUUUUCCAGUUGAGUUGGUUGUAUCUGGGAUCUUCAAGAUAAUCCAAGACCUGUUUGGUUUACGAUUUGAAGAAAUUGCAGAUGCUGAGAUUUGGCAUUGCGACAUUCGUCUUUUUUCAGUUUUUGAUUUAAAUUCUGGUGAACUCAUGGGUUAUUUGUACCUUGAUUUAUACACAAGGGAAGGAAAAUAUGGGCACACCUGCGUUGUGGCUCUCCAGAACAGUGCAUUGGCAUUCAAUGGUAGACGGCAGAUACCAGUUGCAUUACUUAUAUCACAACUUCAAAAGGACAAGGGUGGUCAUCCUGGAUUAUUAAGAUUCUCAGAAGUGGUUAACUUUUUCCAUGAAUUUGGCCAUGUGGUCCAACAUAUAUGCAGUCGUCCAUCCUUUUCAAGAUUCUCUGGAUUGCGUGCGGAUGCUGAUUUUGUGGAGAUUCCUGCUCUGUUGCUAGAGAACUGGUGCUUUGAGAACUUCUCUUUGAAAUUGAUAUCUGGCUUCCAUCAGGAUAUCACGAAGCCCAUCAAGGAUGACAUAUGUAAAGCACUAAAGCGACGGAGGUCUUCCUUUUCUGCUCUGAAACUGAAGCAAGAGAUUCUUUGUUGUCUUUUUGAUCAAAUAAUACAUUCUGCUGAGAAUGUUGACAUUGUUGAGUUAUUCAAGCAUCUUCAUCCUAAGAUCAUGUUGGGUUUGCCAAUACUAGAAGGAACAAAUCCUGCAUCAUGUUUCCCGCGCAGUGCUAUUGGUUAUGAAGCUGCUUGUUACAGUCGUAUUUGGAGUGAGGUUUUUGCUGCGGAUAUAUUUUCCUCAAAGUUUCAAGGUGAUCUUUUGAACCAGCAUGUUGGCAUGCAAUUCCGAAAUAAGGUUUUGGUCCCGGGAGGAUCAAAGGAUCCCGUUGAAGCUCUGUCGGAUUUUCUUGGAAGAGAGCCAUCUAUUCAUGCUUUUGUUGACAGCAGAGCAGAAUACAGUUCAUAAAGCAAAGGUCUUGAUAAACCAUAUAAUUGACUCAUUAUAAGGCAUUUCAGGUUUCCAGGCAAGUCAUUAUUACUUAUCUCACAGAAGAUGCUGGUCAUUAUAAUAUGCUUGCAAAAGUACUACUAGUUAUCGUAUCCUCCUGUAUUUUUAGCUGCGGCAGCUUUCAUUCCUUCUAUUUAUAUGCUUGUACAUAAGUAUUUUUAUAGUUUUUAUACAUUAGACUCUUUUUGAUAGAUUGAAGCACGAUGUAUGGAUAGCAAGGAAUAUAGUUUUUGCAAUCCACGGUCAUUUUUGCA